CGAUUAUUUGUAUUCGAGUGAUCUCUGGCUCUUAUUGUUUUGAUUUAGAUCUGUUCUCAUUUGGUAUUCUUUGAGGUUGCUUUUUUGCUAUUAUGCACUUGGUCGCUUCUACUAGUUCAUACGGGUUUUUUUCUUUUUGUUUUUUUUUUUAUUAUUUUAGGGUUCUUCGGGAUUUUAUUUUGUUAUUGGGUUUGGCUCUUUCGAUAACCGUUUGCUCCUUCGUAAAAGGUCCUAGGAGAGAAGUGCUUCCUUCCCCUGAUUGUUUCAAGCAAGAAUUUUCCUGCUGCAAAUGUAUGGAUAGCGGAGCAAUUUCACAACUGGAGUGAAACGGGUAGGAGAAUGAUGUAAGGGAGAAUGCAGGGUGAGCAACAACAGAAUGUUUUUUGCUACAGGGUCUGUGGAGCAUUAGGAGGUCAAUUAAAUGUGCAUGAAUUUGUGAUAGAGGGUAUUUGGACAAUGUUGAGAUUGAAGAAGGAUUCAGUUUUUGCAGUGCUGUAAUUGAGAUGGCAAAGCGAAAACGGGUCAAUAUCACAAGGGGCCACUCUAAUUUGCAUGUGCAACCGCAAGCUGAACAACAAGAAUCUGAAUUUAAACAGCAUCUGCAGUUUGAAAAUGAUCAACAUGAAGAAGAAAAUCAAGAUGAAAGAGUAACGCAUGAUGCACAUCCAGAGGACCAAUGUGCUAUAGGUCCAAUACUUGUGGCUACUGAAUCAAAUGGAACGAAAUUAGAUGAGCCUUGUUGCUCAAAAGCAAAAUCCUCUCCUAAGAGUAUGGCGGAAAAGGGAAAAGGCAUUUGUGAUGGUAAUUACGGAAAUUCAAAGGGAUCUUCUUGGGGAGGUGAUUUAUACUCCCAAGUCGAAAGACCUGCAAAGACAGGGCGAGUGCACUGUGUGGGUAUGACUCCAUCUUUACAAAGAGUGAAUCCUUCAUUAUCUUACUCUCAUCAACAUGAUGAAGAGAUUGGAGGAGAGAUUGAAAGAUUGGAUGAAGAUAUUGAAAGAUUGAAAGCAGAUAUUCGUAUAUUGAAAGAAGUUGUAAGGGGGGUGUUACAAUUGAUUUCAAAUAGGAUGCCAAAUGCAAAUCCAGAGCUUCUUUCAAGAUUAAGUCGCAUGAUUAAUGAGGGAGAGGUCCCAGAUGCUGAUGCUAACAAUGCUUCAAAUAACUUGCUGAAUGCAAAUCCUUAGUCGUCAAGAGAGUCAACAAUCUAAGAUGGAUACAGAUGCGGAGGAUGCGGCUGAAGUGGUAGGAAUCAAAGUUUCCGCGUUAACAUUAUGCAAUGUUGAUUUUUUUCUAGAGAAUUUUCUUAUAGUAUGGAUAUUUGCUUCCUUUUGGGGUGAACGUUUUGUAUCGGCUUGUUGAUGAUGAAUUAAAUUUUAUGAAUGCCUAUGGAUUUAGUGAAUUUCUUCCUUAA